AUGCUUUUCCCUAUUCUCACUUUGAUCUGUUUAUGUUUAACGAAAACGGCAGUUUUAGCGGCACCAGUAAAUGGCCGCUCAAUCCCGGUGACCCCAUUACCUCCACUUGUCACCGAUGGCCUUCCAACAAGGAUCAUUCGUCAACGUAUCUACGACAGCAAGUUCUGGAAAGAAGAAAGCUUUGCUUUAUCAGCCGAACUUCUCGUCGACAAAGGAAUGGAGCUACGGUACCUUGGCGGAAUCUACGCGGGAAACAUCAAGCCGACUCCAUUUCUCUGUUUGGUGCUCAAAAUGCUUCAGCUUCAGCCAAAUCAUGUGAUUGUAAUGGAGUUCAUAAAACAGGACGAGUUUAAAUACAUUCGAGCUUUGGCUUCGGGUGAUGAAUCAUAUGGGCAGAUUCGAAUUGAUGUUAUGGACGACUUCAUUGAUAUGCCAUUGCGAGAAGAGCGCGUGUUCGACAUCCAAAUGCCACGCUUACAGAAACGAAUCGCUCUUGAAGAAAUAGCGGCCAUCGAGGAGUACAAAUCGCCUCUUGACGAGGAUCUUAGAAAGGUCUCCGACCGAAAAAGAAGCAGAUCUCGAGAGCGUGAUCGCGACGAUCGAAAGAAUCGUGAUAAGAAAGAAAGAGAUAGAUCUCGUGAACGAGACCGUGAUCGUCGAAGGCGCUCGAAGAGCCGUGAACGUGACGAUAAAGAUCGCCGUGAUAAAGAUCGAGAGCGUGGACGUGAAAAGGAUCGUGGGAAACGACAAAGCUCAUUGGAGCGUGAAAUCGACGAGGCGAACGCUCAACGCAAGCAACUCGGAUUGGCCCCUCUACAACGA